AUGGUCCAGAUUUCCCUGCUGGGAAGCAGUUUAGCCAGUACAAAAGUUUGCUUCCUGCCGAAUGGGCUAAAGAAUGGGUACAAGGACAUCAUCGGUUCUGGGGACUUCUCCAAAAGCCUGGCCAUCCGGCUGCUCUGCAGUGGGUUUCACGUGUUGGCUCGUCAGCUCAGUUUCAUCCCUGAGGACAUGGGUGCCCUCACCUCUGCCAAAGAGAUUGAGAACAUGCCCUUACAUCUUUUUACAGCCUGGAAAGGGUCUGUUUUGACUGCAGUGUCCAUGUCUGAUGGCUACUCCUUUGUGCGAGGCAUUAUCCAUUCUUCUAUGAAGACCAGACAGAGAUUUUUUUACAAGAUUCCUAUGGAGAUUGUGAACAGAAUGCUGCCUUUAGUGGCCAUAGUUCUGCUUGUGCUGGUGUAUUUAGCAGGACAGCUAGCUGCGGUGUACCAGCUCAUCUAUGGGACAAAUUACCGCCAUUUUCCCCACUAGUUGGAGGGCUGGCUGGAGAGCCACAAACAGCUUGGUUUGUUAAGGUUCUUUUUCACCUGUAACCUCUGCCUGCCCAUGAGACAGUCAGAGAGAUACCUGGUGCUCAACAUGGCCUAUCAACAUAUACAUGCAAACAUAGAGAACUCAUGGAACGAAGAGGAAGUUUGGAGGGUGCAGAUGUAUGUUUCGUUUGAUAUGGGUCUGAGUCUUCUCUCUCUGCUGGACAUCACAUCCAUUCCCUCAAUGCACAAUGCCCUUAACGGGCAAGAGUUUAGUUUUAUCUAGUCCACUCUAGGUUAUAUCGCCCUGCUCAUUUCCACAUUCCACGCCCUGAUUUGUUGGCAGCAGGCAUUUCUGGAUGAGUCUUAUCACUUCUACAUGCCACCCAGUUUUGUGUUGGCACUUGUUCUCCCUGUCAUGGUGAUAAUCAGAAAAAUUGUGUUGCUGCUUCCCUGUGUGAGUAGCAAGAUGAUCAGACGUGGACUAGACUCCAAUCAAAACCACACCAACCACGAGAGACCUGCUGCCAAUAUUUCACCCGAAAGGGUCGUGAUUUUGCCUUAUCACAAUCAUGAGGGAGUAGGGUUGCGCUGUCGCGGAGUCCUCACCGCUGCCAUUCACCAAGAGUGCAGCCGCGGUCAUCAGCCUUGGGAUGGAGGGAUGCCAGCCGCCAACAGCCGGAGGAACGGCUGCCAUCCACUGAAGAAGCGGAGGAGUGGUUCCGUGCACCAGGGGCCAGAGGACUGCCUUCCGCCGGGGGUGGAGCGAGAUAGCGUCCACCAGAGGGCAAAGGAGCAGUUGAGGACUGGGCAACAGAGCGCACGGUUCACAGGAGGUGGGGUGGACCACCGGCCGGAAGAGCACCCUCUCCCCUCCAGAGAUGGUGGGGUGUUGGAAACUUCCCUCCAAAUCCAGUCAGAGCUCCUCACAGCUCACACCAUGCUGAGUUCAUAA